AUGGCAACUGUAACAAAACCGGAUACAAAAAGAACGCAUCUUAGUUGGUUUGAAAAUCUCCACACUGAAGGAAAGGCGGCUGAAGGUUAUCGGAAUAUAUCAUAUGAUAAUCGUCAAUUGGUUAGAGCUACACGCAUCGAAACAGAUAUAAAUACAAAAUAUGAUCAACUCCAAACAAAUAAUCGUUUAUCUGAUCGUAUAUGGAUUGUACGUCAAUGGCGUGAUAAAUUAAUUACUCAAUUAAAUAAACUCAAGCAAAAAGAUACUCAUUUAAAAGCUGUUAAAUAUAAAACACAAGAAUUUAUGACUAAAUUAAAUGAUUCAUUUGAUGUCAACAUUGAAUCUCUAACACAUUUGGAUCAUAGACAAAAUGAUGAGAAUAUUAUUGAUCCUGUUUUUAAGGAAUUAAACAAGGAACGUGAUCUAUUGAAAGAAAUACAAACAGAUCUUCAACGACAAAUCGACGAAGCAAUUCAUUUAUUAGUUGAAAUAAAUAAUGUAGCAAAACCAUUUUAUUCGGAUAUUCUUAAUAAAAACGAAGCUGUACAUAUCGAUAUUGAUGUUUAUAAUUUGAAUGAAAAGUCAUCUUGUAUUAGUCAAAAACCGUUCUGUGAACGUUUACCAGAAAGCUCAAUAGAUUUGCAAACAUGGGAGAACAUAAGUUAUCAAACUUUAGGAAAUGCUGAAAAUGUAAUUGAAAAGGCUGAUGAUUUACUACAUCGAUUGCAUAAUAGUCUGCAUAAAGCAAUCAACAGGAUGGCGAGUAAAGCUAGUCAAGUAGAUAAUGAACUACGUAGGCGUAUACAUGAUACUCUUAGAUCAUUACGUGAAAUCGAAUAUCAAAUUAAAAGUACUGAAAAUGAAAGAGAUGAACAUUUAAAAGAUAUAAAAAGUUUAGAAGAUACUGUACGUGCAAAAAAAGAAAGUUUAAAAUUAGCCGAAACACAACUGGAGAAACGUCAUAAUAGAUCGGGGAAUGAAAAUAUUCGAGAUGAUCCACAAUUAAGCCUGCUAGAAGAGUUAUCAAGCCUACGUAAUUGUAUUGAUAUGUUAGAAGAAAAACUUACAAAAUCUAGGAGUAUAUUGAAUAAUUUAGAACAGCAAAUUGUUCAACUACAUUAUGAUACUCAACAGAAACGUAAUGCUUUACAAAUUUAUGAAGAAAUUCAUAAUAUACGUAAACGUCUUGAUUAUACUACAAUUGUUGAUAAUAGUACAAAUACAAAUAAUCAUUUGUCAUCAUGUCCAAUGAUACCCAGUGGUAUUCAACGAGAACCAGUUUUAUUUUAA